AAGUAGCCCUUCUCGCAAGCUUUCCUUCAUCCUCUGACUUUCACCAUUGCCAUUUUCCCAAAAUUUUCAACCUUUUUUUCUUUCUUUUUCGUUUUCUUGUUCGUUUUCCUUCAGAGAUGUGGCUUCGAACCUCCAAAUCACGCUCUCUCCACUCUUUGCUUCCUCAUUUUGUGCCUCCGUUUCUUUGGUUUUAAUCUGUUCUGCCCCCAUUAGCUCCUUUGUUUUUUGGGUUUAAUCGCGCUUUCGAUUCGAUUGAGGAGUUGGAUUGGUUUAGGCGCCGACAAAUUUCUGGGUUUUUUUUUUUUUUUUUGGUAAUACCCUCUUUUCGAUUUGGAUUUUCCCCCUGAGUUGUUCGAUCUGAUAUCGGGGUCUGAUUGAUUGCUGGAGAUGAUCUGUGUUUGAUUGAAUCGGGUAGUUUCAAUCGCUGUUUGAUUGGAAUUUGGUUUGAGAUGGUCUAUUUCCCAUACUCGAUCUCGGUCUGCAAGUCCGUUGACCAACCAACCACUAUGGCGAGUUCAGUGAAUUUAGCCGAUUCGAGUUUCAAAUCCAGGAACAAGAAGAUGACUCCCUCAUCGACUUGUUCGAAAUUUCCCGUUUGUCAUCGGUCUCGAUCGGCCGUCAUCGAUAUUGUGAUUUUGAUUGCUGUCGUUGGUGCUUGUGGGUUUUUGUUAUUCCCUUAUAUGAAGCUUCUUAUUGUUGAAUCCCUCGAGAUUUUCGGUGCGAUUCUGUAUUUAAUGGGAGAUGAAGUCUCUCGUGCUCCUUGGAUUUAUGGAUCCAUUGGACUUGGGAUUUUCUGUGCUUUAUUAGCUGCUUGGGUUGUUUUAAUAUGCACGAGCAGGAAAUGUGGAAAUCCCUAUUGCAAGGGGCUUCGAAAGGCGGCUGAAUUCGACAUCCAAUUGGAGACGGAGGAGUGCGUGAAGAACUCUACUCCAGUGGUUAAAAAUGGCGUGAAGAAGGGGCUUUUUGAAUUGCCCCGUGAUCAUCACCGCGAGUUAGAAGCUGAACUUAAGAAGAUGGCACCUCCUAAUGGAAGGGCAGUGCUCAUAUUUCGAGCAAGAUGUGGCUGUUCUGUUGGUAGGUUGGAAGUUCCUGGGCCUAGGAAGCAGCUGAAGAAGAUCAAGAAAUAGUAGUAUUAAUAAUAAAUAUUGUUUAAAGCUUAUAGAUAGGAUAUCAUUACAGGUUUACUCAGUAUGCAGAGAAGAAUUUUCUUAUUCUUGUGGAAAAAGAUUAAGAACGUUCAAUGUCUCUAAAUAAGCUCAUGGCAGUCAGGUGUAAGGAACAUAUACAGUUUUCAAGUAGGGAAUAUACAAUCCUUGUUGCAUCAUCUCGAUGUGCUCUCUUA